AUGUCUCAUGAAGAGUUAGGGAGUUCCUAUAUGGUCUUACCAGAAGAAAGUAAAGUUAGUAAUGGUAUUGAGAGGGUAUCUAUAGGUGGUGGUGAGAUAGUGUUGGGUGGUAGUAAUGAAUUAGUGUUGGGUGAUGGUGAGGAAGAUGACGUCAUAAGUAGUAAAGUUAGUAGUGUAAUUAGUAGUAAAGUUAGUAGUGGUGAGAAAGAUGAAGACGAUGACGAUGACGUCAUAAUUAGUAAAGUUAGUAGUGGAGAGAAAGAUGACAAAGACAAAGACGAUGGCGAUGACGAAGACGUCAUAAUUAGUAGUAAAAUAACUCAUGGAACGCAUGGAAGUGGUAGGAAGAGGAAGAUGGAUGGAGAGGAGGUGGUGGAUGAACGGUUUGUGACUAUUUUGACUCCGAAAAGAUCACGGGCUGAAGUGUUCUUGACUCCGGUUAAACGGACGAGACGAACGGUGAUUAAUGGCUUGAAAUCGGGACAGAUAAAGGUUUUUGAUGGGACAAUGGCUGUUAAGCCGGAAAAGAGUCCUUAUGUCUCUUUGGUGGAGUGUUUUAAACGGUUGGAACGAUUGGAGACAGAAGGACGGUUGGAAAGAAGACAAAGUAUUGAUUUUAUCGUGCGUAAGCAUUUGGAACGGGAGAAGAAUAAAUGA